CCGCAAGUGGCGCCACGCAGAUGCCGCGGGUGGGGAGGGAGGGCGAGGGUCUGACGAUUUAGGCUCGCCCCGCUCCUGCGUCCAAAACGCUGUCUUCCUUACCACGAGAGCGCGAGCUCAUCGCGUAUUGCCUCAUCUUUCUCUUCUUGCACGCGCAUCGGCAGCUCCUCGACACGCUGGCCACCGAGAUCGACGUCUCUAUUCCGUCGCUUCCCAGGAGGGUGGGAAGCGCAGGGGCAGCGCCCUCUUCGGCCUCGUCCAAGGCAACGGCAUCCAGUGCAACCAUGUCGCGCGACCAGAGCAAGGCAAGCGGUAGUAGCAAAGGAUCAAGAGAUGCGGACAGCAAACGCAACGGGGUCGUUGCAUCGUCAUCAUCAAUCAAAAAGCGGGCAUCCCCUGCCGCUGCGGGUGACGAUGAAGAGGAGGAGGAGGAGGAGGAGGGAUCCAUCAGCGUCAAGAAGGAACAGGACCGAGAGCCGCCCCGCAAGAAGACGAGGGGUCGAGCUUCUACCAAUCGUGAUUACACUCCCUCGCCCGAGCCUGAGCACGCAGCCGCGCCUAUCAAACGAGAGCCCGAGAACCUCACCAAAGCACCAGUCGCGGCCACCACAAAGUCACCUCCUUCUCCCUCGCCCUCCGUUUGGAGCAAGUCCCGCUUCUCCUCCCUCUCCGCCCACUAUCAAAGCAAAGGACGCGAACUCAAGCACUGCGGUGAUCGCCGCACACGCGAGGCCGGCUCGUCCUCUUCACAACCCUCUUCGUCCGCGUCUGCAUCACAGCAGCGGCAAAUCGCCAUCUACGAGCAAACUGAGGCGGUACUCCUCUACGUGUACGGCUUUUGGUGCGAGGACGCAGCCGCUACGCUGGCCAACGCAUCAGGCGCAGCAGAGGGGUCCGCGUCUCCAGCGGUCAUGGUAGGCAAUUGGCGCAGCCUCCUCGGGCUGAUACACUACGUCGGCUCCUACCACGAGCGUCGAGGGGAAUGUGCGCUUGGAGCCCUCUGUCGGCUGGUAGAGGGGCUAGUGCUGCGCCAUAUGAGUGGGUACGAGGCGAGGCAGGUGGGACGGCACUUGGCGAAGCUGGCAGCUUCUUCCGGCCAGCCAGCAGGUCAGACGGGUAGCAGCGCAGCCCAGUCUCCCGCACCUGGAGACGUCGCGCCAUCACCAGCAGCAAGGUCAGACACGACCAAUGGGGUAGGUUCCCCUCCAAGUGGCACCGCAGCCGAUGUACACGCCUCACUCGCAGACCUGGCUGCCAACCUGGGCCGCGUGCAACGAGAUGAGGAUCGAGCUGCCAAGCUAGUGGCUCAGGCUCGCGGCUCCAGCGGCGGCAGCGGGUCCUCUUCGAUAGCGCAGGGAGUCAUCGGCGCCCUCAGCAACGCCUCUUUGGCACGCGACUUUCCUCAGACCUGGGCUACCUGCCAGCGCGGCGCCCUCGUGCGAGGAGAUGCUUGGAGCUCAGCGACCGCGGUGGACCCAGCAGCUGUCAGUCGCGCCCAUCCACGCGUCAAAGAGGAUGGCGAAGCAGAUGGAGAUGACGACGCUGGGGGCGUAGCCACAGGAGGAGCGUGCCUGCCACAUGUUGUAUGCUUCGGUAGAGCUUUGUUGAGGGAGAGGGCGCAGAGGUGCGGGCUGAGGGGAUUUGAAUUGGCUGAGCUCGGGAUGCCGGCGAGCAAGUGAGGAGAGAACCAUCUGCGGCUCGCGUUGAGACACCAAGGCUCGGUGUGCACCACUAUCUAUACCCAAAGCCCACCUUGAUAGGCAGACCGAAGGCAUGCGGUGAGGACGGAGCGACGAGGGGCGGCGGGAGGCGCA